CGCUAACCCAUUGGAGUAAGCCGGACGUUGGUUGAAUCGAAAUAAGUUAUUCGAUUCAAAGUUUAUAUUUAAUAAUACCAAAGUCGUGUUUAGAUUUUAGUUAUUAUGAACUGAAUAGGUUUUAAGUGAACUAAUUUAGUAUUUUCGAACUAUUCUGCUUGGAAUCUUAUUGGUUGCAGAUUUCUUACUGUAUCCUAACAAAAAAAGUGCGGUGCGGUACCCAGUGUUCCGUGUGAAAAUCUGUGGCAUUUUUGUGAUUUAAAUAAUUCAUUUGGUCCACGAACAGUGUUUUGAAACUACCUGUUUAGUAUUUGGUUGUUUACUACGCUUGAAUACUAAGGACCAGCCUCGCCCGACCGGUUUUUCGUAAAGAGUGAAAGAUGCUACCUCGGAAAAGGAACAGGGGUCUGCUGGCGCUGGCGCUGAUGCUGCUGGUGCAGUCUUCUGAACAACAUGGUUCUGGAGCGCCUCCUGGGUCAUGCGUAGACCAACUCCCACGGCAUCCCGACAUCGAGCCCCAGACCUCCGUGCCACCCUAUGUGGUAGUGACGUCAUCGUCCCAAGUCCGACAAGGAGACAAGCUCAGCGUCACGAUUGGCAGCCAGCCUGGCGCGCCCGUGCCUAUUGGUGGAUUCAUACUGCAGGCUAGACAAGUGCAGAACCCUGACACUAUCGUGGGCAAGUUCCUGACAGUCCCUGAUCCCGAGGACACGCAGAUCAUCAGCUGCCGCGGCGACAACGACACUGUAACACACUCUAACCCUAAGGACAAGCCUGCGCAGACUUUCUUGUGGCAAGCGCCCACUGACUUCCUUGGAGGAAUCGAGUUCAGAGCAACAGUAGCACAAAGCUACGCGACCUUCUGGAAGAAUGUGGAAUCGGCAGUGGUUGAAGUGGUAACUCCAGACACCGUGAUCACCACUACGGCUGUGCCUGCUACCCCUCAGAGGACCACUGUGGCUCCUCCUGUCGUUAUGGAGUCUAAGCCAAAAGCAGUUCCUAUCCAACUCGACGCCAUCUACCAGGGUUGUGCCGACACUAAGCUCUGCUACGGCGUGCCCCAGAACUGCCUCAACGCCGGCAACUGCAAGGCCGUCGUGGCCAUCUUCGUCGCUGGCGACAAAUACACCUUCGAGAUCCAGGGAACGGACAACCCUAAAUACGUCGCUGCUGCUCUGAGCAUGGACAACAAGAUGGGAGACGACAGUGCCAUGGAAUGCGUCAGAAACGACAACGGAAGAGUCAGUCUCUUCACAUCCUGGACUUACCCUAAAGCGGAGCCAUACGUGCGAAGAUCUGACUCGCCUCAGGAAAUUGUUCAGCUUUUAGAGUCUUCUGUGAUCGAUGGGAAGCUGUAUUGCAAGUUCACGAGAGAUGUGGAAUCUAAAGUUAUGGGACAGACGUUCAAUUUGGCUACGACGAAGUACAACUUAAUGGUGGUUUCUGGAGAUAGUAUGAAAGACGCCGAGCGAGUAGGCUUCCACAGCCUCGCGUACGAGUCGACGGGCGAGCCACUCGCCCUUUCAAGUGUGGGUGCAGCCGCGGGAGCCUCCAAGCUGCUGCUCAAGUUGCACGGGAGCUUCAUGAUCGCCGCCUGGCUGGGAAGCGCUUCACUCGGCAUUUUACUGGCACGGUAUUUCAGACAGACGUGGGUCGGAAAGCAGCUAGGUGGAAAGGACAUUUGGUUCGCCUACCACCGAAUGCUGAUGGUGCUGACGUGGCUGCUGACCGUGACCGGCUUCAUCCUGAUCCUAGUAGAGGCCGGCGGCUGGUCCACUACGGGAGACAACCCUCACGCUAUCACCGGCAUCGUUACAGUUGUGCUGUGCUUUAUACAGCCCAUCGGUGCUUACUUCAGGCCACACCCUGGAACUAAGAAGAGACCUAUCUUCAACUGGGUGCACUGGCUAUUUGGCAACGCCGCGCACAUUUUAGGCAUUGCAACAAUCUUCCUGGCGGUGUAUCUUCAGAAGGCAGAGCUGCCUCCGUGGAGCGUGUUCGUGCUGGCGGCCUUUGUCGCUUUCCACGUCAUCAUGCAUGUCGUGCUUUCCCUAACUGUGUGCGUGUCGGAGGGCAAGAUCAGCCGCAGUCCCGUGAACGUGUUCCCUAUGAAGGACAUGAUGGGACAGCAGCGGCAGGCCUCGCAGGUCGACAGGAGCAUCGACGCACCGUUCUCCAGCUUCCGUCGACUGCUCCUCGGAAUCUACGCGCCCAUUAUCCUCAUAUUCGUCGUAGCCAUGAUCUGCCUAGUCACCCUCGCGCCCAUCGGAGACACCUACAACACCAUCAUGGGAGCUUGAACCUUAAUGCUUCAGCAAUAAGAUUAGUUUUUAGUUGAAAAUGUUGAGCACAUUUAGUCUUUUCACAAUUUAGCUUAAAGUACACAUUCAAUUUUGAAAGUUUCUAAAACAUCGCCAUGGGAGCUUGAAGCUUAUUACUUAGAACCUUUGCAAAACUUUGGUUUUAGGUUAAACGUGGAUACUUAGACCUUAUUCAAAGUUAGAAUCGAUGAUUUUGUAUUAAAGUUGUAUAUCCGAUAUUUAUUUUAGCCAAGAAUUGUAUUUUUUAUGACGAUUUGUACGUGGUUGUUGAUUUGAAAUAAAUACAUAGUAUUAUGAUAGGUCAGGUAGGUACUUACUUGCUCAGUUAUGAAUCCGUCCUUAAAUAAAAUGUAACGUUAGAUAUAGUUAUAGGUAUACAUAUUACUUUGGAACAUUUUCAAUAUUGUGAUAGUAAAAAGAAUCUACAUAAAAUUUCCACAAUUAUCUUGUUGAUUUAAUAAGAAAUUAUUUUAACUUUUUAUUAAUUUAAACAUUCAACACUGCAUUUUAUGGUUGUGCGUCUACUUGUGCGAAUGUUUGAUGAUUCAUUGAUAUUAUUAGUAUUGUAAUUUUAUCGCAAUUUGUAAUUAUAUAGUCAUGCAGUGAAGUAAUAUUUCUUAAAGUUUACGUAAACUAAUAUGAAUGAAUAUUUGAAUGAAUAUUUAUUUAUUAUGAAUGAAUAUUUGAAUGAAUAUUUAUUUAUUAUGAAUGAAUAUUUAUUUAUAAGUAUGGUGCAAUUUGAAUCUUAUAGUGAAUAAGUAACACAUGAAGUAAUAUUAAUUAAAGGUCACUUUCGUAAUUAAACUGCCAUAAUCAAUUGGUAAUCUAUACAAAUCAAAGAUUAUUCUAUCAUUUCUUUACUUUAAUUUCUUUCUUUCUCACUAAUUAUCUUCCUUAUUUUACGUACGUACGUACGUACAGUCGCCAUCAUAUAUAUCGGAGCGGCCGAGGUGCUCAAAAAUAUCUGAACACACACUAAUGUCUGACAAUAGAGGCGUGUUCAGAUAUUUGUGAGCACGCUGCCUGCUCCGAUAUAUCUGAUGGCGACUAUACAUGUACUAACCUAGAAUCCCUUCUUUCUUCCGAUUUAAAUGUUAUUUAAUGCUCUCAAUAUACAAGGAGGAUUAUUUUUCUAUAUGAAAUACAAAAUCUGACACUGCCAUUUUGUGUAAGUGGCCAAUGUUUCUAUUAGUCAUUUUCAUAGUGAUUUUAUGCUCCAACACUGUACAAUAGAUUUUUUGAAAGAUAUUUGAUGUAAAUAUUUGUUUAUACAAUAUUAAACAAAAAUUAAAAUGCA